CUUAUAAUUCAAUUACUUUCUACUAUCUCAAGCUUACAAACUACAUACGAUUCGAUACACGAUACACGAUACACGAUCCACGAUCCACGAUCCUAAUGGCAUUUUCACCGCUACUCACACACCGUUACUCGCCUCUUCCUUCAAAUCGGCAUAUUAGGGUGCUUGAGAUACGGCAUGGCGACACUGGCUCUGAGCCGCUGAAGGGAAGUCUUCGGAAUCUUGAUCUCGAUGAUGAUAUGCAUCUACCCUAUGCAGCUUUAUCAUAUACCUGGGGCCAGCCCGACUUCUCCGAGACGUUAUUCUUAGACGGCUCCGUCAAAUUCAUAACUACAAAUUUAGCUAAUGCCCUUCGGCGCUUCCGUUUUGUUAGUUGUCUAAAAUGGAUAUGGGUAGACGCUGUAUGUAUUAACCAGCAAGAUGACGAAGAGAAAAGCUUUCAGAUCCCACUUAUGACAGAGAUAUACCGCAAUGCAUCGUAUACCAAUGUCUGGCUUGGGAACGAGGAUCGUGAUAUCAAGUCAAUGAAAGUCAUGCGGACGAUUGCUACCAGGAUCUCUGAGAACAUUCAAGAACCGGGAGUCUUGGACGCUUCAGCGCUAUCGCAUGUGAUAUCAAUCACCCAGCUCGCGUGGUUUACUCGUCGUUGGGUUAUUCAAGAGCUUGUCAUGAGCCCAAGUGUGUCGUUACACUGCGGUCCUAUAGAGCUAUCCUGGCAGCAACUCUCCAGGGUCCUGCUUAUAGCUAGGGAAAUUGCUCAACCAACACCAUCGCUUGCAUCGGCAAUUUCUCUUUACCACUUAUGGCUUACGUGGUCGAUGCCUCAAAUUGAGUCCUCAAUAAACCCAGCUCGCGCCGAUUCGAGGAAGAAAGGAAACUCCACCAAUAUGGCAAACUUGCUUCAUGCCUUCGAACACUUUGAUUGCGCAGACCCUCGAGAUCGAAUCUACUCAAUAUUUGGUCUUAAAAGGGAUGGGGUAAAUAUCGACAUAAAUUAUGCCUAUUCGACAGGAGAAGUCUUUACUAGCUUUGCGGAAGCCUAUGCAAAUUCUAAGGGGGAGGUAGAAAAUUUGCUAUUUUGGGUAUUGGCCGAGACAAGCACACGUCAGAGGGGAAAUAGAGUAGACGGGCUACCCUCUUGGGUCCCAGAUUGGCGGAUACCAUCUACUGGUAGACUUCCGUUCGAGCCGCACUUCAUGGAGGGCCAGUCAGUCCAAAGACGUUUGGGUAAUGCGUCAUAUUCUUUGACUAUGAAUUUCUUCAAGGGCCCAUCAGUUCAUGGGAGGCCUGAGGUUCCGCUUACUGUUUCUUGGGCAGUGUUCCGUGGUGAGAACGAAGAUUUUCCUGAUUUUAUUGCACGAUCAGCUACGGCCGUCUGGGAAUGGUAUCUUGCCAACACUACCAGAGAUUCCGAUGCGAUAAAUGAUGAGCAACUCUGGUAUUGGGUCACGCAUCGCGUAAUCAACAACCUGCUCCCCUGGGCAUUGGCAGGCAUCCCUUUAACCGAUUCAGUUAGCCGUUCGCCACCUGAAAAGAGACACGAGCUCGGAGCAAUUAUUCGUGAUUUUUGGACGAAAUUUUGGCCCAAUGCCACAUCAAGUGGAUAUGUACAGGUAGAAGAGACCUGGAAGAGAUUAGAGGCGACAACGCGCUGCUUCUUCGUCGCCCUUCCAGAUCCAAAUGCCAGGCCGGGUCUUAAGACUAGCGUUAUAGGUAUAGGGUUUUCGGAUUUACGCGAAGGAGACAGGGUCAGCGCCAUAGACGCGAAGAUGAAGACACCCGAGAGCGACCUCCCAGGGAAUCAGACAACCUCCGGCUUGAUUGUUCGGGAUUCUUUACAAUAUACAUAUAGCCAAGCGAACCAACAAGUGUAUUCGAGAGAAGAUUGUAGUAACCGCGACUAUAGACCUCUGGAGUUCAUAGGUUGCUGCUACCUAUAUUAUGAUUUCAAACUCGUGGGCUGGGAUAGUUGUCUUUCUGAUCUCAUAGUAUACUGAGUUGGCAGAGCUGUAGAAACCAAGGGCCUUAUCACCUUGGCGAGACCCACGUACCUUCUACUCUAUGAGAGACUGGGGCUAUCAAAUAAUAGUCUCUCAACCCUUUUUGAAUAUAGAACCAGUUGAACCAGUUGUUACCUAGGUAUGUAUCCGUCUAAGUACCUAAAGGCAGCUAAGCUUGGUUUGGAAAUGUUUAUCUUCGCUUUAAAUUAUAUUUCCAGCGUGACAUCGUGAUUCUUAAACCAGUUAGAGACAGGUUUAUAAUAGCACUUUGUUUUAAGCGCUAAGAAUACAC